UUGACCUUCUACAAUUAUUUCCCUUUAUUUCAGACCAACAUGUUGUAGACUCACUGAGAAAAAGAUCAAGUAAAAUGUUGUCAAAAAGAAUUGUGGCAUGUUUGUAUCGAGGUAUAUCCCAGAGAGCUGAAAGUAAUGUCUCAAGAUAUUGUUGCCAUAGAAACACAUGUGUGAGGUCAUUGUCAAAUAUUGUCAGUUCAGAUGAGGAUACAAAAAACAGUACUUUGAAAAAUUCAGAAAAUAAAAAUGGUAAAGUUGGUGUAUUUACUGUACCACAAAAUAAAUCUGGUUUGACAAGAGACAUUAAGAAACCAGGUCAAAAUUUAAUUAAUCCCAAUGACAACAGAGACGAAGUGACUACAAGCCAAACUAUAAGUCAAAUUAGUGAUACAGAAAAUUUAAUUACAGAUCAAUUGACGCAAACUGAAAUUGAAGGCUUUGACCUUUCAGGGUCAACAAGUUAUCUAGAACAUCAAGGUCAACAUGGUCUGACCAUCAGUACAAGUGAAUUUUCAAUAUCUACUGAGGAUGGUGGUCAGAGGAAUUAUAUUUCUGGGUCAACAAGUUAUCAAGAACAUCAAAAUCAAAGUGGUCUGACAAUCAGUACAAGUGAAUAUUCAAUAUCUACUGAGGAUGGAGGUCAGAGGAAUGAUAUAGAUCAGGGAAAUAAAAUAAUUUCAGUUCAGGACCAUCAUUCUAUGCACGAAGAUUUGGACAUUGCAAGUAUUCCUAGUGGACAAAAGAAAGUGUUUGAACCCAUUUAUCAUUUAGCCCCCCUUGUGAAAGAAUCAAAGGUGUUGUCAAAUCUUGUCAUGCUUGGUGUCAGCCUAGCAGAAAUAGAGAAACAAGGGGCUGCAGAUAUGAUGGUUCAACUGAAUUAUGAAAAUGAUGUGCAGCCAUUUUUACUUUUCUUAAAAGGAAUAGGUGUGGCUGAUGAAGACCUCUGUAGGGUCAUUACAAAAAAUCCUUUCUUGUUUAAAGAGGAAGUAACAGAUUUACAGGUCAGAAUAAAUUACCUUCGUUCAAAGAAAUUUUCUAAAGAGAGUAUCUCCUCUAUAGUGACAAGAAAUGCAAAGGCUUUAUCACUGACAGUAGAACAGCUUGACAGCCAACUAGGAUUCUAUCAGAAACAGUUUAAGCUUUCAGGCAGUGAGGUGCGCCGUUCAAUGACUAAAUGUCCAAAGUUGAUUACACAGAAAAGAUUCAGAGUACAGGCAAUCAAGGAGGACUUAUUAGAUAUAUUUGGCUUCACUCAGAGCGAAGUCAAAAAGAUGUUUAUGUUAAGUCCUAAUAUUCUUCUUACACAUAUAAAACAACUAAGCGGUAAUUUUGAUUACUUACACAAUGUUAUGGAGCUAUCACACAAAGACGUUCUAAUGUGGCCACAGAUAUUCCAAACCUACACAGAUAGACUGAAACGUAGGCAUCAAUUCUUAGCAAGUGUUGGAAGAGAUCAGUAUGAUCCUAAAAAGGAGAAUUUUGUCUCGUUACAUGACCUUGUUUCUGGUACCGAUAAGUAUUUCAGUGAAAACGUAGCCAAGUCAACAUUAGAAUUACAUGAUAAUUUUAUUAAAACUUUAUGAAAUGAUUGCGUCAAUUUUAUUAAAACUUUAUGAAA